UAUUAAUCUUAAAUUUUCUAUUUAGCAAAAAUGUUGUAUAUACCAGACGGAAAGAGUUGAAUUAAACAGUUUGUGCAGACGUACUGCAGGCUUCAGAAAGUUUAUGAAGAGAAAGUUCAGAUUUCGAGCUGAAAUUGCCAGCUUUUCUAACAAUAACAUUAUAGCUCUUGGAUUUCUUAGGGAUUGACUCAAAUUUUGUCUUAAGCAACUUCUUACUAUAGAAGUUAUGCAACAAAAUGUUGUUGUGAAGAAAAACCGAGAUAUUUUCAUAAACAAAGGAAAUUACAAGAACUGCAAUGUCGCGGAAUGUACGACAUAAGUGUAAAGGUACGCACAAUAUUUUCUAACACAAGAAUAUGACAGAUGCCCCAGUCCUGCCUAAACAGAGUUUCAAAAUCUUCUUUCAUUCUGGUCGACACAAGCGUCCUCUGGCAACAGCUGGAGCAUUCAUAACUGUUCUGUACUUGCGCUGUCUUUUUUACGCUUCUCAUAGUCAUGAAUAAUUUACAACAUUGAUAUCAACAAGUGAAGACGGCAAGCAAAAUCUCAGAUACUGCAUCCACCACAGACAAGAAGGCAACUGAGGAACAACUUAUCUUUCAAGAUGAGAAGACGCUUUCUAUUUCAAAGCGCUGCCUUCAUCACACUGCUCCUUCAAACAGGGCUGCAAUCACUAGCGAAAACAAAAUAUUAUUACGUCGCAACUGUCGAUAUUUCUUGGGAUUAUGCACCACAUGGAAUCAAUGAACUCAAUUCUAAUCCUUUAGAGAAAGAUGCCCAUGCAGCAACAUUUACCAAGAAAUCCCCAAACCGCAUUGGGAAGAUCUACGACAAAGCUGUCUAUAGAGAAUAUACUGACAGAUCGUUCACAAAGCAGAAACCACGUGAUGAAAGUUUUGGGUUACUCGGCCCAGUACUGAAAGGAGAGCAAGGAGAUGUGCUGAUUAUAGUAUUCAAGAACCUUGCAAGUCGAAAUUACACAAUGCAUCCGCACACUGUGUUCUACAGUAAAGCCUCAGAAGGUGCACUCUACGCCGAUUCAACUUCUGGAGCUGGCAAGGCCGAUGACUAUGUAGCACCAGGGAAAACCCAGACCUAUAUUUGGGUGGUUUCGCAAGAAGGCACUCCGGCUGCGGGCGAUCCUAAUUGUUUAACGUGGUUAUACCAUUCACACAUCAAACCAACCAUGGAUAUGAAUACUGGACCAGUGGGCAUGAUUGAAACGUGCAAAAAAGGCUUCUUGAAUGAAGAUGGAUCAAGAAAUGACGUCACGAAGGAGUUCUACUUGUUGUUUCAUGUGAUCGAUGAGAAUAAAAGCUGGUACCUGGAUGAAAGCCUCAAAAGGAGCGGAAUAGAUCCAAGCAAAGUGAACAAAGAAGAUGAAGAUUUCAAGGAAAGCAAUCUCAUGCAUUCGAUCAACGGAAGGGUUUAUGGUAAUUUAAAUGGGUUUGAUGUUUGUCAAGGUGACAAAGUUGUUUGGCAUUUGUCAGUCCUUGGAAGUGAGGUUGAUAUGCAUUCAAUUUCUUUCCACGGAAAUUUGAUUGUCUCAGACCACCAUCGAACAGACACGCGUGUUUUGUUCCCUGCGCAUUCCGGAACUGUAACGAUGCAGGCGGAUAACCCUGGCAAAUGGAUGUUUGAAUGUAAAAUAGCUGAUCACUGGAAUGCAGGCAUGUUUGGGUUUUACAACGUAAGUGCAGCCUGUGGACAAGAAAACAAAGCAGUCACAUUCAAUGGCAAAGUGAGAGAGUAUUUCAUAGCUGCGGAAGAAAUUUCGUGGAGGUAUUCACCUUCUCAAUACAACUCAUUUGAUGGAGAGCCUUUAGACAAAACUGGAAGUGACUCUUCCACGUUCUUUGUUCGCGGGCCUAACAGAAUCGGUGGGACUUACAUAAAGGCAAAUUACCGUGAGUUCAUGGACGCUACUUUCACAAAGAGAAAGCCUAGAUCUUUGAAGGACGAGAGGCACCUUGGGUUUUUGGGACCAGUUAUCAAAGGUGAAGUUGGAGAUAAGAUUCUCGUUCACUUCAAGAACAAGCUGAGCAUCAAUGCAUCGAUUCAUGCGCGUGGAGUUCUAUACAACAAGUCAAAUGAAGGGUCAUUAUAUGAUGACAACACAAAACUCAAGGCAGAUGAUGUCGUUCUUCCGGGCACAACUUACACUUAUGAGUGGACCAUCCCUGAAUCGAUGGCUCCCACAGCGAAAGAUACGCCAUGCAUUUCUUGGCUGUAUUCAUCAAGCGUCGAUCCUGUAAAAGAUACAUAUUCAGGCCUUGUUGGUCCUCUGGUAACAUGCAAUGCUGGUUCACUGCAGACAAACGGAAUUCCGAAAGGAUUCGAUGCAGAGAAAUACCUCUUUCCUGCCGUUAUGGACGAGAAUGAAUCCUGGUAUCUGGAGAAAAACAUGGAGAGGUAUUGCACUUCACCGAAAUGCGGUGGGAUCAGCAAAGAUGACAAAGAUUUCAAAGAAAGCAACAAGAUGCACCAGAUCAAUGGCUUUAUGUUUGGCGAUAUAGGGAUAGAGAUGUGCAGCGGAAAAAAGGUUAUCUUCUAUGCUUUUGCCAUUGGAACAGAGAUUGAUCUGCACUCAAUAUAUUUCAGUGGAAAUGGCAUCGAUGUAGAGGGGAACCACAAAGAUUCACUCAUGAUUUUCCCAGGGAGCUCGACAACAUUCACAAUGACUCCAGAUAACACUGGGACAUGGGCACUUGGAUGCAGAGUUAACGAUCAUUAUCAAACUGGAAUGAAGUUUCUCUACACAGUCAAAUCUUGUGUGGCAACACAAAAACUGUUGGCCCCUGUAACUAAAAGGAAAUACUACAUUGGAAUCGUCGAAAAAGAUUGGGAUUACGCACCUAAUAAUCUACAGCUUACGUCUGGUGGGCAGCUCAACACUGAUUCAAACGCUAAAACCUUUACCGAACGCACAAGCACAACUAUUGGCAAAGUCUACAAGAAGGCCAUAUAUGUUGCUUAUACAGAUGAGACAUUCACCAAAGUGGUCCAAGACACCGAUCGUACAGAACAUCUAGGGAUUUUGGGACCCAUGAUACUGGCUGAAGAAAGAGAUGAGAUCGUUGUUGUUGCAAAAAACAUGGCGACUAGGAAUUACUCAGUAAAUCCGCACGGAGUAUUUUACAGCAAAGAUAACGAAGGAACAAUUUACAAUGAUGGAACGAGUCACAGAGGAGGAUCCAUUGCUCCUGGCAAAACAUACACGUACCACUGGUUUGUGAACAGCCGUUCAACUCCAGGCCCAAACGAUGGUGCGUGCUUAACAUGGGCAUACUAUUCGGCAGUCGAUCCUGUGAAGGACACAAAUACUGGCCUAGUUGGACCGCUGAUAACAUGUAGGAAGGGAACGUUGGUAAACGGAAAAAGAAUAGACGUUGAUAGGGAGUUUGCAAUUUUAUUUUCAGUAUUAGACGAAAAUGAGAGCUGGUAUUUGGACGAUAAUAUAAAAAAGUUCACUCUUAAACCAAAUGACGUUGUUAAAACAAACGAAAAUUUCAAGGAGAGUAACAAAAUGCACGCGAUAAACGGAUAUAUUUACAGCAAUGGGCCACAGAGUGGCGGACAAUUCAAAAUGAACAUGGGAGACAAAGUUGCUUGGUAUGUUAUUGGACUUGGAAACGAGAUUGACAUACACACGGUGCAUUUCCAUGGAAACUCGUUUAUACAUCGGACAAAUUCAGAACAUGUCGACGACGUGUAUGAUAUUUUCCCCGGAGUCUUUGCUUCUCUCGAGAUGACUCCCGUAAACCCAGGAAAAUGGCUGCUUCACUGUCACGUCAAUGAUCACAAACAAGGUGGGAUGGAGACCAUUUUCGAAGUGAAAAAGAAAAUCAGAUGGGGUGAAAGUAAGGGAAGCAGUUUGAAGUCAAGUUGCUUGGCUUUUUUGCUUCUGGUUGCUGUCCUGGUCAAUCUGUGGUAGCAGAAAACUCAUGAAAGAUGCUGGUGAAGAGUUUAAAAAAUUUGAACCCUGAUUAAACUUGAACAUCUUUAAGCCCGUAUCAACAGGAUUCGUAUCGAAUAAAACAAUUUUGUGAUUUCCGUUUGGUAUGGUACAUCGAGACUACAGUGACCUGCAAGACUGCUGUACCCCGCAUUUUGAACUGAGUAUCUACCUCAUCCCCACAUUAAAUUUUGAAGUCCCACCUUCGAUUUAAAAUAUCCUUAUGUAAGCCCAUCGUUUUUUAAAUACAACUGAUAGCAAAGGGAGAUGUGUUUUGACAUUUUUGGCAUGAAGAGAUUUUUGCGAAGGUGGGGGGCGGGGGGCAGCAAGACCCCACAGUGUUCUUUCUUAAUGAACGAAUGAGAAUCGUAAUAUGAAAAACAAAUGCCUUAGAGUUCCAUUUUUUAUUAAACUUGCGUCGAUAAUAAAAGGGAGAAUUUGAUAAUUAGGGGAUUAAGGAUUUGAGGAUUGUAAGAAAUGGAGGGAUUGGUUAAUUUUCAAGUAUGAAACAUAUUGGGGACUUUUAUUCCAGCAGUUUUUCUAGUUGCUCAUUAAAGUUAGGUCAAGCAUCCAAAGGAGAGGUUGCUCAAACAAUAUAUCAGUAAAGAUUGAAUGAAUUUGAUGGAUGGAAAUUUGUCA